AUGUCCGAAUUCAAUGUAGACGAGCUUCGAGAGCACAUCAUCAUCGCUCUAGAUGAGGAUCAAGCCAAACGCCAAAACGGCUGGUUCUCAGCCAUAACGACACGAUUGAACGAUGGAACAGCUAGGGAGGCUGCUGAAUGGACUGCAUUCGCUAUAAUGGCGACAGCUGCCCUUAUAUCUUUCAACAAAAUCCCCUGGAGCAAGAGGAGCAAACGCCGCUUCCACAUUUUCCCUUUCAUCGCCACGCUCACUUCGGCCAUCUGCUACCUACUUCUUGCUUUGGGUUACACGGGAGAACACACAUGCAAAGAAUACCAUCUCGCGAAUCCCAAUGCCACAGAUGAGCCAGAUGAUUGGCAACCAGGUUCUCUUGAAGGCGGGACCAAUCUCAAAACCUGUCGCCAGUCCGCCGGCCUUGAUCAACCCGAGUGGGUUCUUCUCCUGAUGCUCUGGAUAUGCCAGUUUGUCACUCAGGCUGUAGGCUCGCUCUCCAGCGGCUCAGCUGCAUACAGCAUCAUGACUAUCCUGAACAACGACAGAUCAUCGGACUCGGACGAAUGGAAUCUUGUCCUCAAGUUCUGGCCGUACGCAACAGCGGCCUUCUUCAUUGUUCGGAGCACCUACCAGAUGAUGACGCACAGAAACGCCGAGGCGCGCAGAUUCUUCUUUUCCUUGGCUGCAUAUGUGUGUGCACUGUAUGGCAUACGCACGGCCGUCUUCUGGUGGGCAAACAGACGCGUCUUUCCCUCAAACAUUGAGUACAUCAUCUACGCCAUCAUCGAUGUUUUGCUCCACCCUGCUCCUUGUCUAUGGCUCUUGGAAGUUGAGGUGCCCAACGUUGGAAUCGAUUAUGAUGUGGACGUGAUCCAACACGCCGCGCCGGCUUUUGACCUGAGCCAGGUGUUUUUGUUCCUGCGCAUGACACAGGUCGCGAUAUGGUAUCAUAACCAGGAUUACAAGUAA